AUGCGUAGCGCUGAGGACUCCAUAGCCCCCUACCCAUCUCCACUAGCUGAGGACCCCAUAGCCCCCUACCCAUCUCCACUAGCUGAGGACUCCAUAGCCCCCUACCCAUCUCCACUAGCUGAGGACUCCAUAGCCCCCUACCCAUCUCCACUAGCUGAGGACCCCAUAGCCCCCUACCCAUCUCCACUAGCUGAGGACCCCAUAGCCCCCUACCCAUCUCCACUAGCUGAGGACUCCAUAGCCCCCUACCCAUCUCCACUAGCUGAGGACUCCAUAGCCCCCUACCCAUCUCCACUAGCUGAGGACCCCAUAGCCCCCUACCCAUCUCCACUAGCUGAGGACCCCAUAGCCCCCUACCCAUCUCCACUAGCUGAGGACCCCAUAGCCCCCUACCCAUCUCCACUAGCUGAGGACUCCAUAGCCCCCUACCCAUCUCCACUAGAUGAGGACCCCAUAGCCCUCUACCCAUCUCCACUAGCUGAGGACUCCAUAGCCCCCUACCCAUCUCCACUAGCUGAGGACCCCAUAGCCCCCUACCCAUCUCCACUAGCUGAGGACUCCAUAGCCCCCUACCCAUCUCCACUAGCUGAGGACCCCAUAGCCCCCUACCCAUCUCCACUAGCUGAGGACUCCAUAGCCCCUACCCAUCUCCACUACUUAGGACCCCACUCUGAGGACUCCAUAGCCCCCUACCCAUCUCCACUAGCUGAGGACCCCAUAGCCCCCUACCCAUCUCCACUAGCUGAGGACCCCAUAGCCCCCUACCCAUCUCCACUAGCUGAGGACUCCAUAGCCCCCUACCCAUCUCCACUAGCUGAGGACCCCAUAGCCCCCUACCCAUCUCCACUAGCUGAGGACUCCAUAGCCCCAUACCCACCUCCACUAGCUGAGGACUCCAUAGCCCCCUACCCAUCUCCACUAGCUGAGGACCCCAUAGCCCCCUACCCAUCUCCACUAGCUGAGUACUCCAUAGCCCCCUACCCAUCUCCACUAGCUGAGGACUCCAUAGCCCCCUACCCAUCUCCACUAGCUGAGGACUCCAUAGCCCCCUACCCAUCUCCACUAGCUGAGGACUCCAUAGCCCCCUACCCAUCUCCACUAGCUGAGGACUCCAUAGCCCCCUACCCAUCUCCACUACCUGAGGACCCCAUAGCCCCCUACCCAUCUCCACUAGCUGAGGACCCCAUAGCCCCCUACCCACCUCCACUAGCUGAGGACCCCAUAGCCCCCUACCCACCUCCACUAGCUGAGGACCCCAUAGCCCCCUACCCACCUCCACUAGCUGAGGACCCCAUAGCCCCCUACCCACCUCCACUAGCUGAGGACCCCAUAGCCCCCUACCCACCUCCACUAGCUGAGGACCCCAUAGCCCCCUACCCAUCUCCACUAGCUGAGGACUCCAUAGCCCCCUACCCAUCUCCACUAGCUGAGGACUCCAUAGCCCCCUACCCAUCUCCACUAGCUGAGGACCCCAUAGCCCCCUACCCAUCUCCACUAGCUGAGGACCCCAUAGCCCCCUACCCAUCUCCACUAGCUGAGGACUCCAUAGCCCCCUACCCAUCUCCACUAGCUGAGUACUCCAUAGCCCCCUACCCAUCUCCACUAGCUGAGGACUCCAUAGCCCCAUACCCAUCUCCACUAGCUGAGGACUCCAUAGCCCCCUACCCAUCUCCACUAGCUGAGGACUCCAUAGCCCCCUACCCAUCUCCACUAGAUGAGGACCCCAUAGCCCCCUACCCAUCUCCACUAGCUGAGGACUCCAUAGCCCCCUACCCAUCUCCACUAGCUGAGGACCCCAUAGCCCCCUACCCAUCUCCACUAGCUGAGGACCCCAUAGCCCCCUACCCAUCUCCACUAGCUGAGGACUCCAUAGCCCCCUAUCCAUCUCCACUAGAUGAGGACCCCAUAGCCCCCUACCCAUCUCCACUAGCUGAGGACCCCAUAGCCCCCUACCCAUCUCCACUAGCUGAGGACUCCAUAGCCCCCUACCCACCUCCACUAGCUGAGGACCCCAUAGCCCCCUACCCAUCUCCACUAGCUGAGGACUCCAUAGCCCCUACCCAUCUCCACUACCUGAGGACCCCAUAG